AUGGUAACCUCUUGGUUACUUAACUCAUUGUCCAAAGAGAUUGAAGAUAGCGUCGUCUAUUCUAACUCUACUAAGGAGCUUUGGGAUAGCCUCGAACAAAGGUUUGGAAAGUCUAAUGGUACCAAGCUUUUUCACCUUCAAAAGGAACUUAAUGAAUUAGUGCAAGGUAAUUUUGAUAUAUCAUGUUAUUUCACUAAAUUGAAACAUUUAUGGGAUGAGUUAGACUCUUUAAAUGCAGAUAUUACAUGUUCUUGUGUCUGCGUUUGUAAUGGAAAAUCCAAAAUCUCUAGGUCUUUACAGGAUCAAAGACUUAUUCAGUUCAUGAUGGGUCUAAAUGACACCUAUGGUCAAGCCAGAGGUACCAUUCUAAUGAUAAAUCCACUUUCAGGGAUGGAUCUUGCAUAUUCUCUAUUAUUGCAUGAUGAAAAUCAGAUGGAAAUCUAUGAACAUACUCAAACUGAUCCAGACUCAUCUUCCUUCAUUGCAGUAAAUCAUGGAAAUCAUAAUUACAGUUCUGGUUCUCCAAAUCUUAGAAAUGAAAAUGGUAAUCAGAAUUUUAUGAAUGGAUAUAGUGGUCAGAAGUCUGGUGUCUAUCCUUAG